CUGUAUCUACUUCUCCUCUUCUCUGGUCCUUUUCUCAGUGGCCCCAUGUGGGCUUAUAUCUUGGCCCAUGAGGAUGCUGUUCCCCUCUGGAGAUCGCUGAUGGGACCCACCAAAGUAUUCCGAGCCCGAAACUGCGUCCCGGACUCCAUCCGAGGAGCUUAUGGCCUCACUGACACCAGGAACACCACGCACGGCUCAGAUUCACGAGCUUCAGCCAGCAGAGAAAUUGCCUUUUUCUUCCCAGAGUUCAAUGAGCAGCUCUGGUACCAGCAGGAAGAGCCACGUCUGCGCUGCGGGCGGGUGUGCUACAACGCGGAGGAGCGCGUCCACUGCGUGCCCGGGGAUGAAGAAGCAGAGCUGCCCUGA